AUGGCUUUGGAGUGGUUCAGCCAGAUUUUCUCCUGCCUCUCCGUCCGACGGGUUCACGACUCGACCGACGUCCCUGAUGUCGCGCCUGAGACCAGGUCCGUCUCAGGGAGAUCUCUUUCCUCAGAGAGACGGUAUGUCACUGAAAGAAGCACUUCAGUAGAGAGUCGGUUCAGUGCACGAAGAGACUCUUACGAAAGGAGACCAUCCUUGGAAAGUCUACCACUUGAGGGGCCGCCGCCCAAGGGGCGUGAGGAGACCCUCUCUUGGCUCAACAACGGUAACGACUCUGGUAUCAUCGCCGCCCGCGACGCGGCCAACCGUGAGAUCAGAAAGUCCCUUUCGAACGAAGGCAGCGAGAUCUCGUACGGCGCAACAGAGGCGAUCAGAAUCCAGAGGGACUUUGGCAGGGACUCAAACGGGUUGGAUCUCUUCGCUGUUGGAUCCCCUGGCAGCGCGGGCCCCUUCACACCUCAAUUUCCCUCUGCUCCUCCUACCAAGGAGACCCUUAGCCGACGUAGAAGCCCGUUUUCUCGGGAUCCGUCUUCGCUCGACAUUACACGUUUCGAUCGCUCGCCCCCUUCCUCUACCGUGUCGUCCCCUUGUGGGAGUCGGCCCACUGAUUGGAGCCAACUCGAUCUCCCAUAUGCUGGCGUUGUCUGGCCACUCGGGGCGGGCUAUGAAAGCUUCAACGAACGCAUCAAUGCUCUGAGCCUCGCGGUGCCUAAGAAGAACCAAGCGGCUGAAGAGGACAUUUGCUGGAAGCGAGGUAGCGUCAACAGCAGACGCCCUGUGCUCCUCAUCGACACUCAGUUAGAGGCUAUGGUUCGACCCAGAGCCGCUUUGGUUGAAUCUCCCUCUGAGAAUGGGAGCCAGGCACCCAAGUUGCCUGAGCUGCCUCCCAUUGUCCCUCCUUAUAAUCACGGGAGCCGUGAGGACGAUUCGCCCAAGUCAAGUACCGUCCUUACCCUUGCCUCUGAAAUGAGAAGAGACUUGGACGAUGACAAUGGUAGCAGUCUCGAUGGUCAUGCUGGGUCGCCCACCACGCCCGUUAAGGACUCCGGCUUUGGGAGCAUGACCAGCGAUGGCGAUAACAGGCAUGAUAUGCAUCCCGAAUCUCCGGUUAUCGACAGGUUGGCCGAUGAUAGCAACAUCAACGCCGAUGCAUCUGUUGACUCGCCAACUAGUAUCAACACCGAUUCCACUACCAUUGAAGAGUUGAUCGACGACAUCACCGGCUUCCUUGAUGGCAUUGCAGCGUCAUGUGCCAUUAUCAACGGUGCCCCUGAGGCUGACAGAUUGGCCGACGACAGCAACAGUCAUAUCGAGGUUGAAAAGGAUUACUGGGACGCUGAAUCUGAUGGCGUGUCCUUUGAAGUUGAGAGUGAGUGCGGUUCUUCUGAGAGUGAUGGCAUGAAUCAAAGGACCUGGACGGAACCUGGGUUGAGAAGACAUAUUUAA